AUGACGAAGAAACUUACGAUGGACAAGCAGCUAGUCGGAGAAGAAAUUACUCAGGCUAGUCGAGGGGGAGGAGAUGAGGAAAGACCAAACGACAUCGUUUCUACAAGACCAAACGACAUCGUUUCUACCAAAGCGCAGCGUUUCUUACUUUCCCUGAGUAAUUUCUUUUCCGACUACUUGUCCAUCGUUGGUUUUGUAGUCAUUGUCUUUGGAUUACGACAGCUGUUUCCGGCUUCAGCAGCAGAAAUGGCAGCACGUGCAACUAAUAAGAUGACGUCGCCGUCGUCGUGGAUGAUUCUAGACUGGACUCAGCUCCCUGAAGAGCUGCUUCAAGUUAUCUCCGAGAAUCUGGACAACUGUUUCGAUGUAGUUCAUGCUCGCUCUGUUUGCAGUUCGAAUUGA